AAGAUUAAGCAUUCUCCAGAAGUUAAAAAGUUCUGGAAUGAUUAUAGAACCCAGAAUUUACAGCAAGAUCUCCAGUAUAUCAAAGCACAAAAUGAAUUAAAAACUUUACACAUCAAAACUGAAGAUUAUAAUUGGAAACAAAAGAAAAUUGAUGAUGGAAAAGAUGCAG